CAACGAAAGCACUCGAUUCUCCUCCGCAGACGGGAACGACCAAGUACGUCACCAGCAGAAAAUCAGGAGUUGUGGAACUGUAGUCCGCCCCAAGCACCGUUCUUGUGAGGAAAUACUCGUCAUACAACGGACAAUACUGCAAGACCGUCGCAUUGAAGUACCCCUGCGUGCACGCCAACUCCUUGAACCCACCAACGUAACGCCCCGACGGAGGCUGCAUCGUGCAAUAGACAUAGUCGAACCCGACGUCCUCGCCGUUAUGACCCCUGCGUGCCUAAAUCCACCCACGGGGCAGGAAAUGCACCAGGCCGAAGUUGCUAAAGUCGUCGUUGGCGAAGAAGUGAUCGCCAUAGGAUGUCUGCGUGACGAUGCGGCCUUUGCUAUCGAGGAUAAAGACGCUGGCGGCUCCCUUGUCCGGAGCGGGCAUACUGAAGUCACUGCUCUGUCUUUAAGAGUGAAGGUAGACGUCUGCGUUUUGGUUGUUGUCGUAGAGACGGUGCCGACCAGAGUCGUAAUUAUCGGCAGAGGGCAUUCCAAGACUGAAGAACAAAAUAUCGACGCGGACGCUGUGCGGCUGAUGACUGAUGUAAUCGAGGACACGCGUGAGGCAACGCUAGGAACUGCGAAGCAAGACGAUGUUGAUUGCGCGUACACGAUUGGAGCUGCUCGCUGCAGCAGAAGUAGUGCACCUGCGAUGGUCGGAAGUCUCAUCAUUUCAAGAAGGAUUUCACCUGUAGAAGCGCCGAUCUAA